AUAACACUACGUGACAGUGUGACCGUUAGAAUAAGAAUUGUGGAAGAAUAUGCUUUAGCUCUCUAUCAUCAACUAUGGUAUUGGUGUUGUCGUGCAACGCCCGUCUCUGUCGUUGUAGCCCACUCAACCAAACUUCUGACCAAAAAAAAAACCCACUCAACCAAAAAGCAUCCCAGUUAUUGUGGUGAUCUUGAGAAUGUUUUGUUUCCAAGUGCAAGCCAAGUUAACCACCACCUCAAGGAUAAUGCUCUCUAUCCCACUUUUCUCUGUUUUUUCUUUUGUUAACAAAGUCGACACCUUUUCCAUGAACUUUGACACUUUUGAGUGUUUUAUUUACAUAAUUUGUGCCCAAAGUUCCUUCUUUUGGGCAGAAAUUUGUGACAAACACAAGUAUGGCAUGGUAGUCUUUGCUUAUUCUGGUACACCUUUCAGCGAAAUAUAGAAGAUGGGUUUUGUCCAAAAUUCCAUUUUUAGGGAAGAGAGUGAGAGAAUCCGACAAUUAGAGAGAGAAACCCCACUGAUUUAAAUCUGUUUGAUGAAGAAAGCUUGAAGAAGUGUUGAAUGGAGUAGAAAUGGAGGAGGGUGGAUCAGCUGGAAACUAUCAGUGGAGUGGACUCAAAGUCAAGGUUGAUUCAUGGUUCAGCCAAUUUCGCAAUGGCUCGAAUCCAUGGAUGGCCAGAUAUGUCUAUGGAUUCAUGUUUUUGAUAGCAAAUCUUAUGGCAUGGGCUGUCCGGGAUUAUGGAAGCAGUUUGUUGACGGAGAUGGAGAGAUUAAAAGGAUGUCAUGGUGUGAAGGAUUGUUUGGGUGCAGAAGGAGUCCUACGUGUGAGCUUGGGUUGCUUUUUGUUCUAUUUCACAAUGUUCCUUUCGACUGUUGGCACAUCGAAGUUGAACGAGCCCAGAGAUUCGUGGCAAUCCGGAUGGUGGUCUGCCAAGAUUGUCAUGUGGGUCUCCUUCAUCAUCAUUCCCUUUGUGCUUCCUGCUAAAAUCAUUCAGCUAUAUGGAGAGAUUGCGCAUUUUGGUGCCGGGGUUUUUCUCUUGAUUCAGCUAAUAAGCAUAAUCUGUUUCAUUAAGUGGCUGAACGAAUGGUGUCAGUCUACCAAAUCAGAAAGAUGCCGGAUUUAUGUGAUGUUACUUGCAACUACUGCACAUGUUGUAUGCUUAGUGGGGAUCAUAUUGAUGUACAUAUGGUAUGCACCAGAACCAACUUGCCUCCUCAACAUUUUCUUCAUUACCUGGACAUUAGUACUACUGCAACUCAUGACCAGUGUCUCUCUCCACCCGAAUGUGAAUGCCGGCAUCUUGACUCCGGGUCUCAUGGGGCUCUAUAUAGUAUUCAUCUGCUGGUUUGCUAUUAGAAGUGAACCAGCGGGGACAAGUUGCAACAAGAAGGCAGAGGAUUCAACCAAAACAGAUUGGCUCACCAUCAUAAGCUUCGUUAUAGCCGUGCUUGCAAUGGUUAUCGCGACAUUCUCAACCGGCAUAGAUUCCAAAUGCUUUCAGUUCAGGAAGGACGAGCCUGUAUCCGAGGAUGAUGUUCCAUAUGGUUAUGGAUUCUUCCAUUUCGUUUUUGCCACCGGAGCAAUGUACUUUGCAAUGCUGCUGAUUGGUUGGAAUACUCAUCAGUCCAUGAAAAAGUUUACACUUGAUGUGGGAUGGGCCAGCACUUGGGUGAGGAUUGUGAACGAGUGGAUCGCCGUCUGCGUGUAUUUAUGGAUACUGGUGGCUCCAAUCAUAUGGAAGAACAGACAAACGGCGGAAUCCGCUUAAGUUGAGCAAGUUUAUUUCUACAUCUUGCCCCAGUCAUCGGUUGUACAUAUGGGAGUGUCCAAGCAUCGGCCUCGAGGAUCAAAAUUCGGCCCGUACUCUAGAAGAGCCUCCUCAGGCCACCAUGGGCAGCAGCGCCGCCAGCACUUUACACCGAUGAACAGACUGCAACUUCCAAUUCCUACUGUGUGAAGAUUAAGGAGGGAAAGAAAAAUAUGUACAAGUUACCCAAUACUUAGAAGCAUUUUAAGUCCUCCUACCCAAAAUACCAUAUAGUGUUGUGAAUUCACAACACUUUCUUCUCCAUAUAUAGCAUGUUAUUAUUUGUUAUAAUAUUGAAAAAGAAAAUAUAAUUUGGGUCCUCGGAAAGUUUCUUUAUCUUUUUGAGGUCCGGAUUGGUUGUUGAAA